CCGGCUCCAGCGCAGUGCUCCGGUGAGUAGUCCUCAGGCGAUCACAGUCUCAGGGCCUCACGAGCCUCAGCGGCGGAGCGCCUGCCACACUCGCUAAGCUCCGCGGACCACCCCACCGCGCACCUGCUACUGCCGCUUUGCGCCCGCUGCGGCCGCCGGCUCUGCUCCCUUCCCGCUUCUGCCUCGGAGGAGUUCUUAACCGGUCCGGAGCCGCAGCACAGGCGAGGAGAUGGAGCUGGACCAUAUGACGACCGGCGGCCUCCACGCCUACCCUGCCCAGAGGGGUGGGCCGGCCGCCAAGCCCAAUGUGAUUCUGCAGAUUGGUAAGUGCAGAGCUGAGAUGCUGGAGCACGUGCGGAGGACCCACCGGCACCUGCUGACCGAAGUGUCCAAGCAGGUGGAGCGAGAGCUGAAAGGGUUGCACAGGUCGGUGGGCAAGCUGGAGACCAACUUGGACGGCUACGUGCCCACUGGAGACUCCCAGCGCUGGAAAAAGUCCAUCAAGGCCUGUCUGUGCCGCUGCCAGGAGACCAUCGCCAACCUGGAGCGCUGGGUCAAGCGUGAGAUGCACGUGUGGAGGGAGGUCUUCUACCGUCUGGAGAGGUGGGCCGACCGCCUGGAGUCCAUGGGCGGCAAGUACCCUGUGGGCAGCGAGCCGGCCCGCCACACUGUCUCUGUUGGUGUGGGGGGUCCAGAGCCCUACUGCCAGGAAGCUGAUGGCUAUGACUACACUGUCAGCCCCUAUGCCAUCACCCCGCCACCUGCCGCGGGAGAGCUGCCUGAACAGGAGUCAGUGGAGGCCCAGCAGUACCAGUCUUGGGGGCCAGGUGAGGAUGGGCAACCAAGCCCUGGCGUGGAUACACAGAUCUUCGAGGACCCACGGGAGUUCCUGAGCCACCUAGAAGAGUACCUGCGGCAGGUGGGUGGCUCCGAAGAAUACUGGCUGUCCCAGAUCCAGAACCACAUGAAUGGGCCAGCCAAGAAGUGGUGGGAGUUCAAGCAGGGCUCGGUGAAGAACUGGGUGGAGUUCAAGAAGGAGUUUCUGCAGUACAGCGAGGGCACGCUCUCCCGUGAAGCCAUCCAGAGGGAGCUGGACCUGCCACAGAAGCAGGGUGAGCCACUUGACCAGUUCCUGUGGCGCAAGCGGGACCUGUACCAGACACUGUAUGUGGACGCUGAGGAGGAGGAGAUCAUCCAGUAUGUGGUGGGCACCCUGCAGCCCAAGCUCAAGCGCUUUCUGCGCCACCCACUCCCCAAGACACUGGAGCAGCUCAUCCAGAGGGGCAUGGAAGUGCAGGACGGCCUGGAGCAGGCAGCUGAGCCUUCGGGCACCCCGCUGCCCACAGAGGAUGAGACCGAAGCCCUCACACCUGCUCUUACCAACGAGUCAGUAGCCAGUGACAGGACCCAGCCUGAAUAGAGGGGGCCAGCCCAGGGUCCCCAGCCUGCCUGCCACACCCAGCUUGUGGCUUUUGCCAACUAGGACUUGAGCUGGGGCUGACUCCCAAAGGGACGUCCAGCCAGACAUCUACCCUCCCACUGGCCUGACUCACAAGACAACUGCUACACAGCCAUGCUACUUGGACCGAACAUCAAGAAACCCCUCUCCCAUAGGGUUCUCACCUGCCACCUACCCCUCACCUGUCUGCAAUGGCCCUGGCCCCAGCCCCACUGGUCUCACUCACCCUCUACACUCUCAGAACCAUCCCAGAACACCUUGGGCUUCCUCAUUCUGCUCCAGUGCCCAGGGGCCCCUUUCGGUAAUCUAAUCAGGAAACCCAAGUGUCUGGGCGCAAAGAACAGUAGGCACCACACCCAGGAACAUCCCAGGGCAGACGCUAAAGCAGAAUCCACGGUGCUGAAGGAACCUUAACUUCCCCGGGGGUGCAGCCCACUCCUACAGACACAGCAGCAGAUCCAGCUGGUACGCUAGCUACCUCCCAGAGCAACUGGCCAGACUUGGGCAGCAUAGCUCCCCUCCCGUGGGUGAGCUGAAGCCGCAGAUGCAGCUGAAGUAGCAGACCUGACAUCCCAGCACCUCCUGGCCUCCAGCAGUGAUUCAUACCAGCGAAGAGAAGCAGAGCUCAGUUCCAUGACUCAGCCAUGACAGGCAGAGGGUCCCAGAGGGGCCAAGUCCUCACACCCAGCUGAGGCAGCAGCUGGAACCGGCAGAGCCAGGAGAAUGACACCAGGUCUCAAGGCUGCGGCGAAGUCUUUGCUGCCAUGUCUGCAAUGGGUACCACCACGGCACCAGCACCAUCCCCUCCUCCCUCGAAGCUGCCUACACAGAAGCUCCAAGAUGCUCUCAAGGCAGAGAAAACAUGAUUACAGAGAGGAGGCCCCUGGCAGAGGGCAGCACCCCAGCUCAGCCUGAGAGCAGGAGAUGAAGUCGUCCAGCGUGGAACCAGGGUCUGCCAUGAUACCCAUGCCGCUGGCUACUAGCUGCCCGCCGGGAGCCACUGCAGCUUGAGCAGGGUCUGUACCCCUGGCCCUUUUAGGCCAGAGCCCAGCUCGCUGCGUGGCCAUUGGCCCCCUGCCAGAACCUUGCAGGAGCCUUAAGGCUUGGGCCCCCAGCCCAGCCUGCCCUUCCCUGCUGUGCCCUGCCGGUUGGUCCAAGCCCAGUCCCAGGAGAUCCCAGGCCUUCGCUCCUGGGCUGUUCCAGGCACUUCCCUAUCCUGCUCUGCUAUUGCCAGGCCAAACCCCAUCCAUGCUCCAGCACCAACUGCCUUGUGCUGGUAGAUGCUUGUGUCUGCAGUCCGAGUAGGCCUUGUUGGAGUUCCUCCGUCUGCCUGCUACACUGGUGUGUUCUGAGACAACUUCCACUGAUGUUCCGACAGAUCCUCUGCCCUGUGCCCCUGCCAUUCCCCCACAGGUUUAUUUUUGCACAUAAGCCAUGGCCCAUAUUCAUUUGACUGGCACCAGGUGCAGGGAGGUCCUGGGGACUAGGGCAACCCUGGAGAUCUCAAGAGAGUGUGGCCUAUUCCCACCAAGCCUUGACUAUCCAGCCAGACCAUUUGCCCAUGCCAUCUUACCUCGAAGACAGAUAUAUAAGAUUUUGUUAAUAAAACUAUGAAACUUCUUGGAGUAUGUGCCAU